UCGGGGUCUGACGGGAGUUGUAGUUGGGAUGGCCUGAGAACUUCCUGCUUCCACGACUGCGACCGAGAUAUUUCGGCUAGUAGCUGAGAAGUUCUUUAUUCUCCAUAAAAGCCGCCGAAAAAACAAUAGAAACGGAUUCACAGACAAGAUGUCCUUGAUGGAGUCGGGAAAAGUCCUGCCUUUGACGGCGGUGGCUUGGACAUCCAACACCGGCUGCUGCCCCAAAGAUUUCACCCUGAUCAGCAUCACAGUAGACGGAGUGGCGGCGAACUUCACGCGUGGCUUUGGCAUGAAGUCCGGAUAUUACCUCUGUUACAGCAAGGACCUGAAAGGCAGUGUGGUGGUUUCAGACAUUCAGGUCAUCUCGGACAAAGACUCCAUUCCCCACGGCUACAGCUACAUUAGAGAGUUCCUCGAUUCAAAGACCGCUGUGUCUAAGAAGAAGCGGGUGGUUGUUCGCACGUCCCCGGUGGCCAACGUAGAAAUGGCUGUGUUGGACAUCAAACUGACAGCCAAAAGCAAAAUGCUGCUGCAGCACUACACUUACGUGGGCGACAUCAACGGCUACGUGCUGUGGUGCAGGAAGGGUCCUUUCUCCAGCCCCGCCCCCAAAGCUAAACCUCGUAGCAUCAGCUUAGAGAUACGCAGUCUCUCUCUGGAGGAACCGUCCGCUCCGGCUCUUCCUCUCCGGUCCAGGGACCUUCCUCCUAUACCGCAGCAAAGCCGGCUGAGUAAUCGCCGGCACAGCCUGAAUGCCGGGGACGUCCAGAACACAUGUGCUGACAGCAGUCUUCAGGCAAUUACAGCUUUAGAUGGAGUUCCCUUCAGCCUGCACCCGGAUUUCAAUUUGCAAGCAAAUGGCACGGCUCUCCAGUUGAAUUCCCAACUAAACAUCCACAUAAAGUCUGUGAGAGACAUUGAAAAUGAGUACAACUACACGUUUACAGUGGAGGAAUCUGCUGCCAAGAGGAUCCGACCGUCGGUCUCAACAUAAACUGUUCAGUGAUCGUUACAAUCCCAUUAUAUCGAUCAACUAUUUCUGUUACUUUACUGUAUGUUUCCACGGGGUUUUCCAAGGUAACGGCUUACUAGACGGUGGAAAUCAAGAAUAAUCAUGUUCAUAUUCUAGAUUCAUUUGUUGAAUCUACCAUUCAGGAAACCUAAAAGCCAUUUAUUUGUAUGUUAAGUAUGUAAAAUUGAGGAUUUGUAGAAUUCAGUUUGCUCCAGGAAACUCCUGGUUGUUUCACUUCACAGGGAUAAAGGUGUAAUUAGUUUUAUAAAUCUCUGUAUCUGCUAGUUUGAAUUGAACAUAUGUUGCAUCAAACCCAAGGUUUAUUUGGUUUUACUUGUAGAUUUUAAAUAUUUAGUAUUUGUAUCCUAAAAAGGAAAUGCACUUUGUCACUAUAGAUGUUUUCUUUGUGCUCUUUUCUGUUUCCUGUAACAUUUCUCUGUUCUAUAGCUUUAAUGUUUUUUGUUAGGAUUUCUACAGAGCUGUAAGCCUCGUUGAUGGCGCAAACUUCAGGCCUUGAUAGACAUGGUCCAGUUUUCUUGAAAGAAAAGCAAACUUCUGUUGAUACCUUUGAUUUUAUAUGUGCUUUUGCACAAUAAGACGUUGGCAUUUUUUUGUUGGGACCAAAUAUUUGUUGUUGAAUUGUAUUUUUUUUCCUUAGCUUUACUAUAAACUCUGACAGAUUUAAAAGUAAAAACCUGCAAAAAAUUA